UUGGCUCACUGAAGGCUUGAAACGCUAUAAAUUUUCAUUUGAAGUUCCAGAUAGCUGUAGGAUGUUGUUGGGGCUCUGAGAGGAGAGAGGAAUCUCUGGGCUGCCCAGGGCAUGAGAGGUGAAUCAGAGAAGAACCCCGCUGCCCAGGACCUGAGAGGUGAACGAGAGAAGAACCCCGCUGCCCAGGACCUGAGAGGUGAACCAGAGAAGAACCCCGCUGCCCAGGACCUGAGAGGUGAACCAGAGAAGAACCCCACUGCCCAGGACCUGAGAGGUGAACCAGAGAAGAACCCCACUGCCCAGGACCUGAGAGGUGAAUCAGAGAAGAACCCCGCUGCCCAGGGCCUGAGAGGUGAACCAGAGAAGAACACCGCUGCCCAGGGCCUGAGAGGUGAAUCAGAGAAGAACCCCGCUGCCCAGGACCUGAGAGGUGAACCAGAGAAGAACCCCGCUGCCCAGGACCUUAGAGGUGAACCAGAGAAGAACCCCACUGCCCAGGACCUGAGAGAUGAACCAGAGAAGAACCCCGCUGCCCAGGACCUGAGAGGUGAAUCAGAGAAGAACCCCACUGCCCACGACCUGAGAGAUGAACCAGAGAAGAACCCCGCUGCCCAGGACCUGAGAGAUGAACCAGAGAAGAACCCCACUGCCCAGGACCUGAGAGGAGAGAGGAAUCUCUGGGCUGCCCAGGGCCUGAGAGGGAAACCGGAAAGGAGGAGAAAGUGAAGACCAACCAGGGCAGGGCCAGUUAAAAUGGACUUUAAUGGAGGAUUUCAGCUUCAGAAAGUCUGUAUUUUGACCUAAUUCACAUGUUAGUUCUGCAGUAGGGACUGACACAUUCUUUCAGGCUCUGUAUCAGACAAAUGCUGUCUAUUGUUUUGGCCUAAUGAUAUCUAUGCUGCAAAUCUGACAGAUUGUGUGGUAAAAGUAAAUGAAAGUGAGAAGUAAAUAGUAUGAUGUGUCCAGCCACUUUACAAUUCAUGGUAGAGAUAGACAGAUAAGACAUGCACAGAUUUAAACAGCUUCCCUUGCUCCCUUGUAGCACAUAAAAUUAAAUAAUAAUUGGAAAAUAGGCCUACUUGAAAGGCAAUUUCUUCCCGCAUAACUUGACAUUUUUAGUGUUAUUCAUUUUCUUUUUGAAAGCCGAAUGGGGAUAAAUAACAGGUCAUAACAGAUAGAAAUGAGAGUGUCGACAAAUGGUGAGAUGAGGUCAUAUGACUAGAUAUGUCAUAGAGACUGAUGGUAUUGGAGUGAUUAUGAGGAGGAAGGGGGUUUAGUGGGGAUGAAGAGGGAGGAAACCCCGGCAGCCCUCGUAUCAGUGGCACGCUGGCCGGAGCCCCUCGAUAAACAGGCCGGUUAUCACAUCACUAACAUUUAUUUAACCCUUCUCUCCAGCACAGAGAGAGAGCACAGAGAAAGCGAGAGGUUGGUUCCUCAAUCUCUCUGCAACAACCAUAACAUUUUCUGAGGCUACUACAACUUAAAAACACACACAUAAAGAUGAGUACAUUAACAAAGCUAAUUUUCUCAACGGACACUCGCUACACAUAUCUACACACCCACAAACACCCAAUCUACUCCUGUAACAACAUCCCUGUCAUCCACAGAACUCCCCCUGUCCAUUUCUGUCUCCUCCUCUCGCUGUCCUCCUCUGUUUGGCUAUGUACUGAGGACAUUACUUUACUACUGUAUGAGAGUGGGGGGGAUCCUUAGAGGCACUUGUCUAUCCCUCCACCCUUCCCUUCCAUCCUUUCUCCUCUCUUCUCCUCCUCCAUCCAUCCAUGCCAUCUGCGUUUUCCUUCUCCUCUCCUCCUCCAUCCAUC